AUAACCAAUACAUUCUUCAACUUCGUUUCCAUGGAGCUUCGACCCCCUGGUAACUUCAUGGUUAGACAUGAAUCUUCGGAUAGUGAUAAUAUCGGUGAUGGAGAAAUCGACGAGGAAUUUAGACAUGGUGAACUGAGCGCCGAGAAGCAAAUUUCGAUGAAAAAGAGAAAAGGAAGGCCGAGGAAAUUUAACGACGCCGUCGACCGCCGAGAUCCACAGUCCACUCCAGACUCACAAACCAAACCCGAACGCCGUCGUGGCCCCCGCCCUGGUCUCAGUAUAUCGCAGGUUCUCGCAACGUUAGGUUGUUACGCAUGGGAGACAAUUGGGAGAGAUUUUAUCCCUCAGGUCGUUCUCGUUGCACCUAGAGAGAAUAUUGUGGAUAGAAUAUCAAACUUCAAAGUGCCAGGACGUCGAUCAAUUUGCAUAAUUUCUGCUUAUGGUUCAGUUUCGUCUGUUAUUAUCCAUAAACCCAAUACUGUUGCCUCAAUACUUAGAUUCGAGGGUAUAUUUGAGAUAUUACAACUGUCUGGAUGGUUUGAUGGAAGAGAUAAUAAAAAACAGAUGGCUAUAUCAUUUUCUACAUCCAAUGGCCAAGUUUUUGGUGGCAUCAUCGUCCGUUCACGACUCAUAGCAGCAACUCCGGUUCAGAUAAUUGUGGGAAGUUUCAUUAUCCAAAAUUAAAUUGAUGGAGUACUAAGCCCACACGUCACAAGGCCAAAGAAGAAGAAAGAAUUUUGUAACGAUUCCAUCUCUUCGCUUUAAACUACCAAAGGGUGCGGUUUCUUUUACUCUUUUUAAUUACCACAAAACUUUUGAACGGUAGAAAGUAAAAAGUUCAAUGUAAAAUAAUUAUGUUGUCAAUUUGUAAUGAAACUUCUCCCA